AUGUUUUCCAACCAUUCUGUUAACAUUAAAAUAUCUAUUAAAGAUAAUACAGACAUCGACUACAGCAAACUUGGAAUUUAUUCGACCUCUCUAGCUAUCUCUCUUAGUCUACGCAUAUCUAUCUAUCUAUCUAUUUAUCUAUCUAUCAUAACUGAUAUCUAUCUACUCUACUCAUAUCUAUCUAUCUAUCUAUCUAUCUAUCUAUCUAUCUAUCUAUCUAUCUAUCUAUCUAUCUUAAUCUACGCAUAUCUAUCUAUCUACCUUAGUAUACCGAUAUCUAUCUUACUCUACUCAUAUCUAUCUAUCUAUCUAUCUAUCUAUCUAUCUAUCUAUCUAUCUAUCAUUGUCUACUCACAUCUAUCUAUCUAUCUAUCUAUCUAUCUAUCUAUCUAUCUAUCUAUCUAUCUUAAUCGAAGGAUAUCUAUCUAUCCACCUGAGUAUACUGAUUUCUAUCUUACUCUACUCAUAUCUAUCUAUCUAUCUAUCUAUCUUAAUCUACGCAUAUCUAUCUACCUUAGUAUACUGAUAUCUAUCUUACUCUGCUCAUAUCUAUCUAUCUAUCUAUCUAUCUAUCUUAAUCUACGCAUAUCUGUCUACCUUAGUAUACUGAUAACUAUCUUACUCUAUUCAUAUAUAUCUAUCUAUCUUUCUAUCUUUCUAUCUAUCUAUCUUUGCUUAUAUCUAUCUAUCUAUCAUAAUACCUUUUAUCUCGUGUCUCCUCUUCCUCUUCCUCCUCCCCUUCCUCCUCCAUCCUUAUGUUCUCCUCAUAUGCUUCUUCGUCAACUUUGCCUAUACUUCAUAAAUAUUUUAUUUUCCUUUAUCGUCUACGCCAUCCUUUUUGCUCUCUUCUCUAUCAUCUUCAUCAUUUCUUUUAUAUACUUAAAGUCUUUUUUUGGUCGUUUUGGUGAUUUUCUUAUCUAUCUUCCUCUUCUUUCUCCUCCUCCUUCUCCUCCCCAUCAUCAUCAUCAUCAUCAUCAUCAUCAUCAUCAUCUAUUUCUUCUUCUUCUUCAAGUUACUUCAUUUGUUAUUCUUUCCUUUAAUUACUUCUCUUAA